AUGUCCGCUCAGCCCACCGAGCUCGCAUCGACCGGCUCCGGCGUUCGUCGGCACCACACCAUCAGCGCGGCCUCGCGCACGGCGCACGCUGGCGGGCGUCCUAUCUCCCAAGCUCACGAAGCCGAGGGCUUCGAUAUCCAAGACGAAGACGAGGUGGUAGAUCAAGACUGGGUGGGCGGUGUCGGCGCCGUUGGCGAGAAAAGCUCCUCUCUGCAUAGGCAGGCCUCCCUACCGACCAAGUAUCACCGGGCCUUCCAAGGAACGGGCGGCAGACAGCCAGGGACGUUGACGCCUCGCACGAUGAACAGUCUCUCGGCCAUCGCAGGCCAUGAAGGGGACGAAGAAGAUUGGGAAAAGGAAAUGCGAGGUCUUCAUAACGAAGAAGAGCUCGAUGACACCCACUCUCAAGAGUCGUCUAAUCCAUCACCGAUGGCAGCCAACUUUGCCCCAGGACAGAUUCCCUCGCCACCUCUCGCCGACUCCGGCGUUCGUCGGCAUCAGAGCCUUACGUAUGGUGGCAAACGUGUUGCCACCAGCGGCCUCAAGCGUUCGGGCACCGUGCAAGCGGCCAGUGCAAUGAGGCACUCCGCCGCCCGGAGUCCAAGUCCCACCAACGCAGAGGAGGAAUACGAGCAGGACGAAGCGGCUUACGCCGAAGACUCGUACUUCCAGCGUGCACAGCAGCAGCAGCAGCAGCAGCAGCAACAGCAACAGCAGGCACCGCAACAAGGUCAAGGCCAGUAUGGUGGCAGUCCCUCCUCACGAUCUCCUUGGGGCACACCUGGCGAAUGGCGCACCCCCGGGAAUGGUGCCGUGUACGCCGGUGGAGGUGUUCCAAUCGACGAUGUCCAACGGGCUCUUGCCACUCUUGAGCUCGCGGGCCAGCAAGGUUACAAUUAUGGUCAGAAUGGCUUGCGCGGUAAUGGUUCUAACGGACCGCGAAACCUUCAACUGGUCACCGAUGUUGGUGGCCAACAGAAGGGGCAGCAGAUCCAAAGCGGCUAUGGUCCGAUGAGCGCUGCACCAUACAUCCCCGGCGCAGGUGGCCAAGGGUUGUCGCAACAGGGACAGCGCGGCGCUGGCGACGAUCGCUCUCUAUCAGCCCAUGCUUCCACUUGGGACCAAAAAGAUCGUAUCCUCGGUUCGCGCGCGUCGAACGGCAACCUCAACUACGCCUACAGCCAGCAGGGCAAAGGUCCUGUUCCUGGCGUACCGUCCAUCCCGCCGCAAUACUUGAAUCAGCAGGGUCAGGUUGGCACGACAGGUUCUGGAAGGUUGCCCGUGGGCACGAACUUCGGCCAAGCCGCUCAGGGCCAGAUCGGAGGUCAGUACCAGGAUGCAAACAACGUGAUCACAUCUCCAAUCGAUGUGCCGGGUUUGAUCGCCACCAAGGGGUACAAUCCAGUCAACUUCGACACCAAACCACCUUUCGCACGUUAUUUUGUCAUCAAGUCGUACACAGAGGAUGAUGUCCACAAGUCUUUGAAAUACGAAAUUUGGAGCUCGACGGAUCCUGGCAACAAAAGGCUUGAUAAAGCGUUCAAAGAAACCGCUGGUCGCGGCCCUAUUUACCUCUUCUUCAGCGUGAAUGCCAGUGGCCACUUCUGCGGGAUGGCGGAGAUGCUUACGCCCGUCGACUACACUCGGAGCAGCACCGUGUGGGCCUCCGACAAAUGGAAAGGUGUUUUCAAAGUUCGCUGGAUUUUCGUCCGCGACAUUCCCAAUGCCAACCUCCGUCACAUCAAGCUUAACAAUACCCAAGAAAGGAAGCCUGUCACCAACUCUCGCGACACACAGGAACUCCUGCCUGAGGCCGGACAAGAGAUGCUACGCAUUUUUCACACACACCCAGCUAGAACAUCCUUAUUGCAAGACUUUGCUUUUUAUGAGCUGCAAGCUCUUCAGAAGAUGCAGGCUCAAGCUGUCGCCCAGGCACCGCCUUCCCCGACGCAGCAGGCUAUGCGUCUCCAAGCCUCUCCCGCGCCGACAUCGCCGUCGUCGACGCAGCAACACCCAUUUGCUAUGUCUAAUCCCAACGCGCUCGCCUACGCCUCGCAGCAUAUGCAGGUGCCACCGAUGAACUCGAUGCUACCCGUGCCGAUGGGCUCGCCUCCCCAGCAGUUCUCCCAUCCCGCAGCGAUGCAGAGCGUGAUGCGCCACCCGAGUCCAGUCCCGAGCGGCGCCCAGCAUCAGCAGUUCAUGAAUAUGGGCGGCGUCCAGUUCUGA